CUAGUACUACUGCUACAACGACUACUACUAGAGCCUGAACAACCGGAGUCUCCGUGUUUCCCGAGACGCAUCAGUAACAGUGUAAGUUUCAGCGAACAUAUCCUAUUACAAAGAUGACACCCUCCUGUGGUGUAAGUCUGCAAACCUCCAAGGAGAGAAAGGACAGGAGGGAACAGUGCUCUCAUCUCAGGCUAAAGCCAGGGUGAGAUCAUGACAUCAAAAACUGAUAACCCUCCAUCCUAUGAGGACGCGCUGCACCAUCCGAAGUAUGGAAACUACCCUCACCAGCCACAACAUGGCUCCCCUCUUCCACCACCUCCAUCUUACAGCCCCAGUCCGGGCAUGUGCCAUGGCCCGCCUGGCUACUGGGGCCAGGAGGGCGUCUACCCGGCAGCUGGGAUGUGGGCAGCCCCUGGCUUCUCUCCAUCUGGGGUGCCCACCACAAUACCGACUCUGUCUGCUGGAGUGCCUGCAUCAAACCAAGGAGACAUGGAUGAUUUUCUGAGCACACAGUGGGAAAGCACAGCUAUUCGGCAUGCCUUCAUUAAAAAGGUUUACUUAAUUUUAACAGUGCAGCUUGCCGUCACCUUUUCAGUUGUUGCUGUCUUUACGUUUGUUGACCCAGUGAGGCUGUUUGUCAUCAGAUACCCUGGCAUCUACUGGGCAUCUUUUGUGGUUUAUUUUUUGGUGUACUGCAUUCUGGUCUGCUGCAAAGGGCCGAGGAGGCGUUUCCCAUGGAAUCUUGUGCUGCUGGGAGUAUUUACUCUCGCCCUCUCUUACAUGUCUGGAACAAUCUCGAGCUAUUAUGAAACAAAGGCAGUGCUAAUCGCCAUGGGAAUAACAGCAGUAGUUUGCAUAGCUGUCACAGUCUUCUGCUUCCAAACCAAGGUGGACUUCACCUCCUGCGGGGGGUUUCUCUGCAUCGCUUCCGUCAUGCUCUUGAUCAUCGGGAUUGUUACGGCCAUCGUCCUCUCCUUCCAAUAUGUCCCUUGGCUGCAUAUGCUCUACGCUGCAAUUGGAGCCAUCGUUUACACUCUGUUUUUAACAUACAACACCCAGCUUCUUAUCGGAAAUCGGGAGUUGGCGCUCAGCCCAGAGGAGUACAUCUUCGGAGCACUCUCUCUCUACAUCGACAUUGUUCACAUCUUCCUCUUCAUCCUUCAAGUCAGUGGAGCUGCCACCGAAUAAGCCCCAUAGUAAGAGCACAUCUACUUCGACUUACAGGAUAUUGUGUUUGACGUUAAACAUAAUGCUACAUGUACAAAAGUGUGUCAGUUUGGAUGUCUCAUUACUAGCUACAUCACUGUUGAACUUCCAAACUAUUAAUUUAGCUAUGUAUUAAGUUGUUUUUUUUUUUUUUUUUUU